AUGAUUGUGUGGGUUCAGCUUCCGGCUUUGAAGAUACAUUUCUAUCAUAAGGAGGUGCUGACCAUGCUGGGAAACCUUAUAGGGCGAACGAUCAAGUUAGAUUUCCACACCCUUAACCGGCAACGAGCCAAAUUUGCUCGGUUGGCGGUGGAGGUCGAUCUUUCCAAGGACCUUGUUCCAAGAAUAUGGCUUGAUGACGCCUGGCAGAAAGUGGAGUAUGAAAAUCUCCCGGUGGUUUGUUUCGAUUGCGAAAAGAUUGGGCAUACUGCGACAAGCUGCCCCCAUAGGCAACUGGCAAAUCCAACGACCACUUUGGUGAUCUCCGGCGAGACGUUGCCGGCCUUCGGGCCAUGGAUGCGGUUACUCGCAAAAGUCGACGGAAUCAACGGGAUGUGGAUAGAAAAGGAAAACAGGAGAGUGAAAGUGGGAAACCUGCUGCAGGAAACCUUGGUAAUUUGGGAAAGGUUUCUCCACCUGGGAAAGGAGCAAUUACUCUCACCAAGGAAGGUGGGGAUCUCUCGCAAUUGA